AUUUAUUAUCUUUUUACAAAAUAAUAUAGUAAAUUAAUUAUAUAUUUUUUUAAUUAUUAAUCAUUGUAAAUAAAAAAAUGAGUGUUGUUAAUGAUAACAAUGAUCCUGAUUCACACUUGAUAAUAUUUGAUUUAUCAAAAAAUGAAAAAAAAUUAAAUGAUGAAUUUAAAAUACUACAAAGAAAACUAAAACAAAAAUGGAAAUUUAUUGAAAAUUAUGAUGUAUUAUCACAAGAAUCAUUGGCAAAUGGAGAAGUAUUAAUUUUAGCUGAACCAAAAAAUAAAUUUACAGAACUUGAAAUGAAUUCAAUAAGAGGAUUUUUAAAUGGUGGUGGUAAUGUAUUUGUUAUGCUUGGUGAAGGUGGUGAAAAUAAAUUAAAUACAAAUAUUAAUUUUCUUCUUGAAGAAUUUGGAAUAAUGGUUAAUAAUGAUAGUGUUGUUAGAAUGAAUUAUAAUCAGACACUUCAUCCAAAAGAAUGUACAAUAUCACAGGGUCUUUCAAAUAAAUCAAGAUUUGUUAAAAAUCGUAAAGAAUUUACAAAUUUAAAUUUUAUUUAUCCAUAUGGAGCAACAUUGAAUGUCGUUCAGCCAUCAUCAGUUGCAUUGUCAAGUGGUACACUAGCAAUACCAACAAAUCGACCAAUAUGUGCAUAUUAUUUAUCACAAAAUAGUACUGGUAAACUUGUUGUUUUGGGUUCAUCAAAAAUAUUAACUGAUUCAUACAUUGACAAGGAACAAAAUGACACUUUGAGAGAUAUGAUUUUUGAAUUUUUUCGUUCAAAAGAACAAAUAACAAAAGAUUAUCAUCUGGAUGACGUUGAUUAUUCAGAGUAUAAUUUUGUUCCUGAUAUUACUCAACAAGCAGACAAUCCAAAAGUUUGUACACAAGAUUUGGAUAACAUUGAUAUACCUCGAGAGUAUACAAAAUUAUUUAAACAUCAUUUUUAUUCAAUCAAUAUGUCAAUGAUUCCAAGGUGUAUCAAAGCAUAUCAGGAUCUUGGUGUUAAACAUGAACCAUUGACUUUGAUAACACCUCAUUUUGAAACACCAUUACCACCAACUCAACCCUCUGUAUUUCCACCAAGUUUUCAAGAAUUACCACCACCAGCUUUGGAACUUUUUGAUCUUGAUGAAGCAUUUAGCUCAGAUUUUCAAAAGCUAUCACAUCUUACUAAUAAAUAUUUAGCAACAAAAGAUUCAUCAAAUACAUCAGAACUUGAUUAUUAUAUUCGUGAAUUUGGUGAAAUUAUUAGAAUUAAUACUACAGGUAUUCCAACAGCCAAAGAAGUUCUUAAUUUUAUUUUUCAAAAACUCAGUACUUAUAAAUCUGUACAUACAUAAAUUAAUUUGCUUUUAUUUUUAAAACAAGUAUAUUAAAUAUUAUUAAAAUAUUAUUA